AUGAAAUUUAUUAGUAUUUUAAUAUUUUUAAUUUACAAUUCGAUAUUGUGGAAUUUAAUUAAUUCUGUUAAAAAUAAUAAAAGUCAAAAAGAAUUUAAUAGAGUUGAUGAAACUUCAAAGAAGUUAAAUAAAAUAUUAAAUGAUGGGGCUGAAUCAUCGGUUACUCCCCAAAUUGAAAAAUAUAGAGAAACUUUGAUACCAAAUACCAAAAUUACAAAACUUCACAAAACUGCAAAUAAAGAAGAAAAAGGGUUAAAGAAAAAUGAAUAUAUGAGGGAUUACUACCAGCAACACAAAAAUGAGAAACUAGAUUAUAAUCGAAAUUAUAAACAAAAUAACAAAGAAAAGAUUCUACAAUAUAGUAAAGAUUACUAUCAGAAGAAUAGAGAUAGAUUGGUUCAAGGUAUACGAAAGUACAGAGAAGAUAAUAAAGAAAAUACUCGUGAAUAUCAACGAAAAUACCGUUUAAAGAAGAAAAAGGAACGAGACGACGUAGAAAAGUUAAAGAGAAAAGAAUAUAAGAAAAAUUAUAAUAAAAAGAAUAAGGAAAAGAGAAGAGAAUAUAAUAGAAAUUAUUAUUUAAAAAGAAAAAAUAAAAAAGAAAAUUUACAAAAUGAUAAUUAUGUCAACAAAGUUAAACCGUCCGUUGAAUGUAACGAGAAUGUUCAGAUAAAUAAUAAGAUAGGAAAUGAUAAUACUAAAGGAACUUUAUUUGUUAAUCCUCAGACUUGUGAAUGUGAAGCUAAUUUAUCAGACACAAAUGCUUGCCUUUAUGAACAAACAAAUGUUCAAUCGGUUGAUGGCCUUCAUACUCAACAAAUGGAUGAUCAUGAUGAUUUAAUAGAUCUGAGUUUAUCGGAUGAUUCCCAUUUUUUAGAUUAUUUAAAUUCUUUUCCUAAUUCCACAAGUGGUUCCACUUCGUUUGUCGAUCCCCAAAAUAAAGAAUGGGAAAAUAAAGGAAAAGAGCAGAUUGUCUCAAAAGAAAACCUUCAGUUAGAGCAACGAGUUAUUCAUGAAGGAGGUAGUUCAUCUAAUUUACAAAUGGAUAAUUGUGAUGAUAAUUUAAUGAAUUUCCAUAAUGUUGAAGAAAAUGUUCAUGAUAGGCAUCACAAUCAACAAAAUACUGAUUGUAAUGAUUUUGAUAUGAAUAUUUUAGAAGAUCCGAAUUUUCUGGAUUAUUUGAAUGAAAUUCGUGGAUCAAAAAGUGGUUGA